AUGCGUCGUCUACACAGAUACGUCGAGUGGGAGACAAACCCGGACCGUAAAGCGAUUGCGAGCCAGAUCCUCAAGACGAAACACUUCACUCCUAUUCCAGAGUUCCAGUUUGAUCCUCUGCCAAAGACCAAUCCGAUCUUGAUCGGCCACCGUUGGAAGGAGUACCAUGAGGCGCUCGGGUUGAAGAACGUCGUGGAUUUCAGCUGGGAGAUGGUCCAAAAGGAAAAGUCUGACAUGCUCCACGUGCUCGAUUUCCCGUAUAAUGGGGAGACAAAACGCGAGCAUCUCAUGGGCGACGGCAAGAUCACGAAAAACGAGCAUCAUUUGCACGUUCCGCUUCUAUCCCAUCGGCUAACUGGCCAUCUGACGAAUCUAUACAGCAUCCGCAAUCACGGAGGCGUCCCCGACAUUGAUGAGAAUGCUUAUGAACUCGAAAUCGGCGGGCUCGUGGGCAAGCCUUGUACCAUCUCCUUGAAGGACCUCCAAGAUCCCGCACAGUUCCCGCAAGCUGAGGUCACAGUCACGCUGCAGUGUAGUGGCACCCGCAGAGUGGAGCAGAUCGCACUGUAUCCAGGUGAUGGCGACGAGCUCAUCAACGCUCCAUGGGGUGAAGGUGCUAUAGGCACUGCGGUCUAUCGUGGAGUACCGCUGAAGAAAGUGUUGAAACGUGCCUGCGGAGGGGUUCUGCCCGAGUGCAGUCAUCUUGAGUUCAUCGGCGCCGAUACAUAUUUCAAGAAAGGGAAUGUGUUCAACUAUGCCGUCUCCGUCCCCUGGCGCAAGGUCCGCGCGAACGAGGAAGUGUUACUCGCUUGGGAGAUGAACGGGCAACCGCUUCCGAAGAUUCAUGGAGCGCCACUUCGCGUCGUGGUUACAGGCUACAUCGGCGCUCGUAGCUGCAAAUGGGUUUACAGAAUCAAUGCCCUGCCAGAGCCCAGCAUGGGGCCAGUGCAGCAGCAGGAGUACCUAUAUUACAACCAGCAGGCGAGCUCGUACGCUGCAUGUGACCGUCGCUCCAUCGGCAAGUUCAACUCGCUCUACUCCAAUGGUUUCUCCAUCCAAGGCAUGCCGGUCUCGAGCGCCAUCAUGUACCCAGUCGAUAGAAGUGUCAUCGUACACGAAGGGAAGGUGGAACUCUCUGGGUGGGCAUACAGCGGCAACGGGAAUUGGCCCGAGAGGGUUGAAGUUUCCCCCGAUGGCGGUCAUGUUUGGUAUGCCGUUCAACCUGACGACCUGACGCAGAAGCAUUACCAUGCAUGGCGCCUAUGGAAGAUCACCAUCCCUGUGGAUGCCGAGGGCUGGCUCGAGUUCUGCGUUCGAACAUGGGACUCGUCCAACAAUACCGAACCAACGUUCGUCCGGUCCGCAUGGAACUGGGACCUGCACGUCACGUCGAGCUCGCAUCGCGUCAGACUUUACAGCGUGAACAAGCUCAGACCCUUGACCGCCAAGAGAUUGGCGGAGUUGGAGGCUCAUGGCCAGGCGAUCGAACCACUUACACUGCCGGUCGGGUUCUCCCUCGAGAGCGUCGAAGAUUACCACGAAGCGAUGCGCAAACACCCACGAGAGCCGAAGGAUUGA